CCAAGGGAUGUGGGAGUUGGGGGCGUCGCCGCUUCCGCCCACUCAGCCUGUCGCGCUCUGUCUGGCCUGCUGCCGUACAACAAGAUGGCGGCGCUCGCUGGUGGCUGAGCGGCGUCGGGGUAAUUUGCUUCAGGAAGCCUACGUUAUUACCUGCUAUAGUUUCUGGGAGUUGAUUUUUCUCUCUGAAGAGGGGAUCUGUGAUGUCUGUGGUACAUCGGCUGACAGCAGGAUGGCUCCUGGACCAUCUGUCUUUCAUCAACCAGUGUGGCUAUGAGAUCUGUGAUUCCUUUGCAUACACUGGUGAUGUCACUACCAGUACUUCUGUCAGUUCUACUAACGAUCAUCCUACUUCUACAUUUGCUACCACCUCUUCAAGUAAUGGUCCCAGUGAUGCUGUAGAAACAGAAGGUAAAACAGCAAGAACAAGAUAUGUAUUUCGUGAAGAGUUCUUUCACAUUUCUAAGGCCCAUAUAGCUGCAGCUCCUGAGGAACAGCUGUUGCAAGGAAGCCUUGAGUUGAGUUUCACAGAAAUGAAGGCCAGCAGCAGAGCAGAAGAACACCAAGAAGGAACCAAGUGUGGUGUCAAGGAUUCUGUUGCUGGUGCUAAGAAGAAGCGUAAAAGAAAAUGUGUGUUCAACAAAGGUGAACUGGAUGCUUUAGAAUACCAUACCAAGAUCAGAAAAUUCAUUUGGGAAGGCACUUUGCAUUUAGUCCAAGAGGGACUCAAAAGUGGUUUUCUUCAUCGUGCUGCUGCAGCACCCAGUUGUGGGAAGAAUGUUGUUCCUAGACCCGUUGACUGUGGGUUGGCUGAAUUAUGUGAAAUGGCAAAGCAAUUUCCAGCUGUAAAUGAUGGUGAUCAUCAAGCUGUGAAUGUGCUAGAUGAUGAAACCACCACUCCAGAGCAUGACCUGCUUUCAUGUGUUACAGAGAACAACUCAAACUGUGCAAAGAUAGUUGUAUUAAUGGGACAGAAGUACUUGGUGCCACCGAAGAGCAGUUUCCUUUUAUCUGAUAUUUCAUGUUUACAACCCCUGCUGAACUACAAGAAAAAGUAUGAUGUAAUUGUGAUCGAUCCACCAUGGGAGAACAAAUCUGUUAAAAGGAGUAACAGAUACAGCUACUUGUCUUCGUGGCAAAUCAAGCAGAUUCCUGUAUCAGCGCUAGCUGCUCCAGAUUGUCUUGUUGUCACAUGGGUGACUAACAGACAGAAGCACUUACGUUUUGUUAAGGAUGAACUUUAUCCACAUUGGUCUGUGAAAACACUUGCUGAGUGGCACUGGGUAAAAAUUACUAGAUACGGAGAAUUUGUAUUGCCUUUGGAUUCUUUCCACAAAAAGCCCUAUGAAGUUCUUAUACUGGGGAGAGUUCAAGGAAACAUAAAGGAAGCCCUAAGCAGGAAAUCUGAAGAUGUUCUUCCAGUUCCAGAACAUAAGUUAAUUGUCAGCAUACCCUGCAGUCUACAUUCACAUAAGCCCCCCCUCACUGCAGGACCAAUCCAUGACAAGAGCAUCCGAGGAUUCACACAGGGAGUCUGUGACUGGCAGACUUGAUACAAAAAGUCAGAACUUGGUUUGAACCCAAAAAAGCAUUCUCUCUCAUGCUUUGAUGUAUGCUACUUGGAUACAUUUCUGCUUUCUGAUAUGAAUCAUGUCUGAAGAGAUCAAAUCAAACAAUACAGAGUUUAUGAACUGUACUUUUAAGCUACGGAAAUUCAGAAACUUCAAGAAGGAACAGGAGCGAGCGAGAUAUACUUUGGAUAAAGAAAUAUUUUAUUAGCUUUUGUUCUUUCAUCCUCAGUCACAAAAAUGCAACUUAAGAUGUAGUUUUAUUAUAAAUCUUUUUUUUCAGUCUUUUUGCCUCCUUUGUAUCCUUUGCAUUCCUUUAGCCUUUGCUUUUCCUUUGGACAUUUUUGCAUGUACUAUUUUGUGGCUAUUUCCUGAAACCUAGUUAAGAAUUUCUUUGACCUAUCCACAAACUAAAUGGCUCUGUAUAACAAGUGACACAUUUAGUAAUUAAGUGUUCGCAAUAGAAUUUCUCAAGUGAAAUGCUAUAACCAAUCUCUUUUUCUGCCACUUGGAGAAUAAUCAUAAUCAUUGACACAGCUGAUGUUAGCGACAGGCAUCUGUUUAGAUACAGGCAGCAAAUAAACACAAUGAAUUUGAGAUUUAUAUUACUGAAUGAAAGAAGGCAGUUAUAUACAGGUUUCUUUUGUUGAUAAAUUGCUAUUUGGGGAGAAAAAGAAGUCCCUCCAUUUUUAUAGCCCUUCUAAUGUCUGCUUAUUUAAACUGGUGUUUCUUUUACAACAAUUUUCCUCAAAAAUUGGUUUUAUCCCCUUUAAGAUGCAGAGCAAAAGAGCAUGAUCUUAAUCAAGGAAGGUGUCUGUCUGUUUAUUUAUGGAAAUGUUGCCCUUGUGAUGCAGGAGCCAGUUGAGCCUUUAGGAAGUGUUUUGUGGAUAUUUCCAAAAAAUUUAGAACUUUCCCAUGUAGAUGAUGGAAUAAAUCCUCAUUCUCUUCCUCUAAAUGAAAACUAAUAAAUCAAGGCCGUUAAAGGCCUUGACAGUAUUGUUUAGGAUCUCAAGGGCACUCAUUUUAAAUGACUUUCUCAAUACAAAUGGUCCAGUUGUUUGAUUAAACUCUUAGAAUUAAUUUACUGUCUCUUUUGUUUUUUCAAUGAAACAUUCCAUCUCUCAUUUGCUAACAGCACUGGGGAGAUUUUAUUUAUUUUUAUGUUUAUUAUUACUGUUGUUGUUUGUACCUUUGUCAUUGUUAUCCUCAUCUUU